UUGUUAUAUUGUAUUAUAUCAACAUAAAUAAAUAUUUAUAUACAUAUUUCUUUUUUUACAGUUAAUGAAUGCAAGCGAAGAUGGAAGGUGCUGAGGGAUGCUUUUGGUAGACACAGAAAAGGGAAAAAAUGCCCAGUGGUUCUGCUGGAGGCACCGUCAAAGAAUGGAAAUAUGAAAGAGUUAUGUCUUUUCUGUUGCUGUAUAUGCAGCCUAGAAGUUCCAGAAACACUCUGCAAAUUCAGGAGAAUGAACCUGUGGACAUGUCUGUGGCCGAAGUGGAUGUUGAUCCAGACCUGAGUAGACCUUACAGCCCCCUUACUCCGAUACAGAGGCCAGUAACACCCUGUCAGAGCUCAGAAGACCCCACACAACAGUCUGGCUCCUCCACACCACCAACAACUGGAUCAAGAGGUCCCACCCCUAUACCUCCCCCUAUUUACCCCAGAGUACAGGAAUUAAUAACUGAAGGUCAGCAGCACAGACAGAAGAGAAGAAGAACCAAUCAACAAAGUUCCACAGAGCAACAGUUACUAGACAUUAUUGCCCAACCAACAACAACGCCAUCACCACACAUCCCAAGACAGGAAGAUGAGAUGUACUAUUUUGCACUCAGUUUAGUUCCAAAACUAAACCGGCUGCUUCCCAGGAACCGCACCAGGGCACAAAUGCAUAUUUUAGGUUACCUGGCUGACCUGGAGUUGGAAGAUGAAAAUCAGAGACAACAAGCCACCCAGGCUCACACUUUGUUUCAAAGUACAGGUAGCCACCCCCCACAAGGAGCAGCAUUUCAGCCUUACCAACCCACACCCACCUAUCAGGAACAACAAACCCAUCACCCCCACCAUGCAACAACGCCCAACAACAUCUAGCACACCAGAACAUUCUGCCAGUUACUAUCAGCAACUGUAGUGAUUUAUAUUAUCUGGAGUU